AUGGAAAUUACUGUACAAACAGGAUCACUCAUUACAAUCAUUAAAAAUACCAUUGCUUCUUUAACACAUAAUAUUUCUAAAGGAAUUAAUUCUGGAGAACGAGAUGAAAUAAUUCAGGCAUUAGAAUGUGGAAUUCAUACACUUGGGAAAUUACUUGUUUUAACACGGUGGUUAGGACGGAAUCCUGUUCUUCAUGAUAUUGAUAAUUUUAAUUGGAUAUGUCAACAGUCAAUUAUCCAAUUACAUACUACUGUAAAAAAAAUGGUUUGUAAUGCAAAACAAGACGUGUUAAUGAGAAAAAGAAUUCCUGAAAUUUCUAUUGCGCUUCAAGUUCUUCUUGAAGCUACAUACCCUCUUCCAUCAAUUCCAAUCUGUUUACCUAAUUUUCAUAAAAUUAGUACACUUAUUGAAAGAAGGAUAUGGAAAUAUUAUUAUACAAAUCAUAAUACUAUUAUUUGUAAUAGUAUUAAUGUUAUUGGUGGAAUGUUAUAUUUAUGUGUGAGAAAUUCAUUUAAUGUUUGGUUAACAAUAGCAAAUUUAGAUGCACUGUUUAAUAAUGAUUCAUUAAAAUGGAAAAUUGUUCAUUUAAAUUUUUAUACACCAAAUGAAACUGUUGCAUCAGAUGAAACCAUUAAUUUACAUAACCGUAAUUUAAUAACUCAACCCGAAUAUUCAUUAAAUCCAAUCCAAACAUUAAUUGAUCAAUUAAUAAUUAUUUCAAAAAAUAAAUAUUUUGAUACAUUAUUUCGAGAAAGUCAGUCAUCUUCUUUAAGACUUCUUUAUCCUCACAUAACGUCAAAGAUUGUUACAAUUAAUAAUGAUCGUAUUUUACAAAUAUCUUAUUGGAAUAAUACUUAUUGUUUAGAAUAUCGAUUAAAUAAUUUAACAACAUCAAUUGAAAUAAGUCAUAGUCCUAAUUUACCUUCAACACUCUUUAAUCUUAAAUAUUCAUUAGAAGAACAGUUAUCUUUAGUUUCAAAAGAGAGUGCUCUAAUGUGUGAGAAAAAGAUUAAUGAACAAUUAUAUGAAUAUGAACAAACAAAAGAAUCAGUAUUAAAUACUAUUAGUGUAUCUCCAUUUACAGGUAAAAUAAAUUUAACAUCACCAUAUAUUUCUCAAAGAUUAUUAGAUUAUUAUUCUGAUUUAUUUUCAACGACAAGUAUUGAUAAAAGUAAUUAUUUAUUUGAAGACCUUUAUAUACAUGCACAUUAUUUACAAAUAUUUACAGUAGCAAAGUUAUUCUUUAAAAAAAUGCAUUUAGAAAUAUUAAACGAAGAUACAUUAAAAUUAAUUGCUGUUCAUACUAAUAAAUUUGAACAAAUAAAAGGAGAAAUAUUAAAACCAAAAUGUAUUGAUAUACAAGAUCAAAAUUAUAAAGAAUGUUCUGGACUACCAUUUAAAAUUCAAGUAUCAGAGAAUAGAUAUCUAUGUUUUAUUAUUUCUAAAACUCCUGAAGAAAAUUUAAUUUGUGUUGGAUUUAAAGGGACAUUAGUCAAUUAUUGUUCAUGUUCAAAAGAAGUAUUUAAUAAUAUUAUUAAUCCAAUGAAAUGUGUUGAGAAAAUAACAGUUUUUUGUCAAGAGUCAUAUACUAAAUAUUCAACAAAAAUUUAUUUAGAAUGUUUUAAAGAUAUUUUUAAUGGAAUAUCUACAACAGGAUCAACACUUGUUACAUCUCUAAAAAAUAAAACAGGAUUUAUUCUUUUAAAUAGAAAUUUACCAUUUGUUGUUAUUGUAGAACAACCACCAGAAGAAAGGAAUUUUGUUAUGAUAGUUGAAUUAAAUAAUUGUUCAAUUAAUAUUUUAAAGAAAUUUAAAGGUGGUGAAGGAUUUCAAUUAAUAGAUAAGAAAAUGAAAUUAUCUAUUCCAAAAUGCGAUGUAGAAAAAGAUGUUCAAAGAAAUGUUAAAAGACUGAUUAAAUUUAUUCAUUUAAUAUCAUUUGUAAAUAAAGUUAUUGAUAAAGUAGAAUAUUUCAAUGAAAAUACAAUAUCAUUUAAUGGAUUUUAUAUUUGUUUUGAAUCAGAAACAUUUGAUUCUGUUCAGUUUACUGUUAGUCUAAAUAAAAAAUAUCAACAUUUAACUGAAUUAAUAAAAUUUGAUUUUAUUGAUUCACCAGAUAAUGAAAUAUCAAAUAGAAAAACUGUAUUAUUAAAAGAUUGUGGAUGUAUUCAAAAUAGUCUUUCAUCAUUUGUUUUAUAUUUUGAUGGGUUAAUAAAAUUAUUUUCUUCAAUUAAUACAUCCUGUAUUUCAAUAUCUAUUACUGAGUUUACUUCUGUAACAAUUUUUGUGAAUACUGAAAAUGAAAAAGUAACUCAACAAAAUUUUGUAAUGAUAUUUUCUUUUAAUACUAAAUUAGAAGAAAAGACUAUGUCGUUCUUUUCUCGUUGGUUAGAUACUAUUGGAAAGAAAAAAUUCCCUAUGGAAGUCUUUAGAGAUACAUUAAAACAAAUUCCAAUUCAAUUUAAAAUAUCUGAAGCUGAAAAAUAUAUGAAAAUAUUAUUAUCACUGAUUCAUCUCUUAUUGAUGAUUGAGUUUGUUUUCAUUAAUCCUACAAAAACUCAAGAAGGAAGAUCUUAUAAAAUUAUUAUUCGACCUGACCUUUUCUUAAAAAUUCCUUCAGUUAUUAGUAAUGAUAUUCCUUUCUUAACAACUUUAACUCAAAGUCAACACAAUGAUUGUUUAACUCGUUACUUUAAUAUUAGGUUUUCUAAUCCAUUUAAAAGUGGUAAUUUUAUUGAUGCAAAAAAUGUAAUGGCAUUAAUGUGUAAAAAACCAACUCCAUUUACUGUUAAAAUAAUUAAUGACUUUGAGCCAUUAAUUACAUUUUGUACAUCUUCUUUAUGUAGAGAUAAAUUUAAACAUCUUUAUGACUUUAAUUUAAUAGAGGCUGUAGAUAAUAGAUAUUAUAUUACUCUUAAUAUGUAUAACACUGAAUCAGAUCUUGAAACAAGAUCAAAAUCAUUUGAACUUCGACUGAAUUAUCAUAAAUCUAUUCUUCAACUUGCUUCAGAUAGAAGAAAUGACCAACCACUAAUCUCUCAAUUCAUUCAAUCUUAUUCUACUAAUAAAAUAAAUUCAUUUAAAGAUCUUGUUGUUUUAUUACAACAAACAUUUGAGAAGUAA